AUGUUUCUGCAUAGAAACUCCAUAGCUGAGUUGGUGAUUCCUAUUAUUGCUGUUUUUGCAUAUUUUAUUGUCGUACAUGAGACUAAUCAAAACGAGCAAUCGUUUCUGGGUGAGUUAUGGUCGUCUUUCUCUUUAAAUCGUGGUCACCACCACCACCACCACCACCACCAUCAUUCCCACAAGAAACGACCUGAUAAUAGCAGCAGCGGUGAGAUAACUGGCAACAUAUGUGAUGAUUUUCCACCGGGAAUUCCGCCGCCGAAUACCAAUACGACGACGUAUCUGUGUGUGGAUCGACGAGGGUGCUGCAAUUUCACCACCGUGCAAGCAGCUGUAAAUGCUGUCCCAGAUUUCAGCGAUAAAAGAAACGUCAUAUGGAUUAAUAGUGGCCUUUAUUAUGAGAAAGUGAUGGUGCCAAGAAGCAAACCAAACAUCACAUUUGAAGGACAAGGCUACACUUCAACGGCAAUUGCAUGGAACGACACAGCCAAGUCAGCAAACGGCACAUUCUAUAGUGGCUCCGUCCAAGUCUUCGCCUCCAACUUCAUUGCCAAAAACAUAAGCUUCAUGAACGUGGCGCCAAUUCCAGGUCCUGGGGUGGAAGGAGCACAAGCAGUGGCAAUAAGAGUAGGGGGUGAUCAGGCUCAGUUCUGGGGAUGUGGGUUUUUUGGAGCACAAGAUACUCUUCAUGAUGAUAGGGGUCGCCAUUACUUUGGGGAUUGCUAUAUCCAGGGCUCCAUUGAUUUCAUCUUCGGCAAUGCAAGGUCUCUCUAUGAGAAUUGUCAACUAGUGUCAAUUGCGAACCCGGUACCCCCGGGUCAAAAGUUCAUAAACGGCGCCGUUACAGCUCAGGGGAGGUCAUCAAACGACGAAAACACGGGCUUCGCUUUUGUGAACUGUAGCAUAGGAGGCUAUGGAAGGAUAUGGUUAGGGCGGGCAUGGCGUCCUUACUCUCGUGUCGUUUUUGCCUUUACGACAAUGUCUGAUAUCAUUGCCCCUGAAGGUUGGAACGACUUCAAUGACCCUUCCAGAGAUCAGACAAUAUUCUAUGGAGAAUACAAGUGCACAGGGCCAGGGGCUGAUCUGAAUAUGAGGGCGCCUUAUGUACAGAGAUUAAAUGAUACUAUUGCUUCUACUUUCAUUAACACAUCAUUUAUUGAUGGAGACCAAUGGUUGUUUCCUCCCAAAUAA